AAAAAGAUGACAAGGAGAAAGAAGAAAUGAGAAGGAGAAUCGAUACCAUUGUCUUGGAUGCUGACACAGCUCACCCUAGACUGGAAGUAUUUGAAGAAGGGAAGAGUGUAAAAGAUAUAGGGAUAGUUAGAAAGGUGGCCAACAAUAGCACUAGGUUUGACUCCCACACCUUCAUCUUGGCAUCUGAAGGCUUCUCCUCUGGGAAACACUAUUGGGAAGUGAAUGUGGGGAAUAAAAAUAACUGGGAAUUGGGAGUAGCUUCUGAAUCAGUGGAUAGAAAAGGGACAUUGAUUCUGUGUCCUAAGAAUGGCUUUUGGGUCAUAGCACUAGUUGAUGGAAGAGAUUAUUGGGCCCGCACUGAGCCUUGGACACGGUUGACUGUGAGGAAGAAACCACAAAAGAUUGGGAUAUUUCUGGACAUCUCAGACAGGCAGCUAGCAUUCUAUGAUGUCCACAGCCAAAUUCCUAUGUACACUUUCACCAUCACUGAGGGUUAUGGUAGGAAAGGGAAGCUCUAUCCCUUCUUCUCCACAGGUAUCAUUACUGCAAGGCCAGAUCCUGAGCCAAUACGAUUAUGCACUAAAGAGGAGUAG